GGGAGGUGGCUCACUGCUCAAGUUGUUGUUCCCGGACACCGUCCACCAUCCACCCGCCGACGCCGGCCGCGAUGAGCAGGCGACAAUCUCGUGUAUCCAUCGACGUAAGGCAGAAUGACACCCUCCUUGAGUUCGAGAACUUCAAGAAGAAGUUUCUGCUUGCCAACAAGCACAUCACCAAAUUGAAUUCAACACUGAGCGUCCGCAUCGAAGAACUGAACGCCCAAAUAUCUACGCUAUACGUCGAGAACCUGCGACUCCGCGCCUCCGAGAUUGCGCUAGCAUCGCAACUCAAGAAAGAGCGGGAGAAAUCCAGGAAGAUAAUUGCCGACACAGAGGCUGCAACACAUAGCUUCAUCAAACACCUAUCUCACAUCCGCAAGUCCUUUCACGUUCCCCAUUCGAGACCGUCCGACUCUGAGGACUCACAAUCACCGCCACCCCGAGCCAAACGACCUGUCAUCAACCCUGAUGCAUCGCCCGCGCCAAACCGCCUCGCGAGGGCACCUACUGUUCCCGGCAUAGUCGAAGACGAUGAGACGAACGCGUCCUCACCAGAAGACCCUGACGCAGAUGUUGAAGAGGAGGAGGAGGAAGAGAAAGAACCCACACCGGUGAAGCGGAAGAAGACCAAGUCGAGGUCGUCUGACUCCCGGCUCCCCAUCGCUGUUCCCCCACUGCCAGACAUUGAUGUACGGCAGAUCGAGUUCGAGGAACAGCUCAGCAAGGUCGGCAAGCGAAAGCCUACAAGGAGACAAAGUGGGCUCCUCACGAGCGUGUCGAUCACCACUGUUACGCCGAGUGGCUUCAGCACCGAACUCGUGCCGCCACGACCACCAAGUCCGGCUUUUGGAUCGCCGAUCAGGAGAGAAGUUGGGCUUGCGGAGGAGGCGGAUGAACGGAGAGCUGCGAACGGCGAGGAGGAUGAGGACGAAGUGGAGGUGAUACUACAGAGUGUGGCCAAGCGCGAGAAGAAGGAGAAGGAACGGAAGAAGGAACGGACGAUAGAGAAGGAUCGAGACAAAGACAGAUAUUCUUCAAGCAACAGUGAGCGGACAAAGGAGCGAGAGCGUAAGCGAACGCGGGAUCCAGACGACCCUGCGUUGGUGGCCGAGGGGAGCAAGUCGAAGCUUAAGGAUGUCACCAACUCACACCCAAUCUGCCCUACGCUUCUGGAAAUCGAUGACGAUCGGGAGCGCCAACUUACACCAGAGGACGAUGUACCGUUGGCGAGCACAUCAAGUCAAACCAAUUCUGCCACUCGCCCACGCGAUGGCGUGGCUACCCCCGCACCGAAGCCUCGUUCACAUCCCGCGCCUGUCUUGCCUCCUCCGCGAUCUUCUAGCCCACAACCUCCCCCUGCUCCUCCUGAAUCGGAGGCUGCCGGUGGUCGCGAGCGGCGUGUGCGGAAGAGCGUAAACUACGCAGAACCCAAGCUCAACACGAAAAUGAGGAAGCCGGACCCACAGCCUCUGGGCACCACGAAGCGCAUGUCCACUUCCUCUAUUGACGGUGUUCGAUCACGGACUUCUUCAGCGGAGGCCACAGGCGACGAGCCACCGUCUGGCACUGCGCAGGAUACCGUACCGUCCGGCGCUACAGUCAAGAGAAAGAAGUCCCGAGUGUACGUGCCUUCGGAAGACGGAGAAGAAAGCGAGGGCACACAGGCUGACGCCGAGUUCGGUGGUCUCACGAGCUGGGUCAACGUCGACGGCAGGCGACGCAGCAUACAGAGCGGAUCGAGCGGCCGGCGUGUCGAGGGUGAUGAUGCACGACGACACAGCAUGGCUGUUUAGCCCUGAUGGGUGGGGUUUCCUCCACCCUCUCCUCUACCUGCCCUCCGCCUCCGUGCCUCCUCGCGCAACGCAUCCGGCGUUUCCGUGUUGGCGUUGAUGACCCACUAUGAUCUAUGAUUACGACUAUGACACGGGCUCAUGGACUCCUCUCAUCGUUACUGUAUGCGUGCGGGACUGCAGCGUUGGGUACACGUUUCCCUUCGAACUCCU